AAGUUGGUGAACAAGCUAGCAAUGGGCAGCGCGUAAAACCGUGUCCAAAAGCGGUUAUUACAUUACUGUCGUGAUAAAUAUUUUGGCGUCAGAGAACUGGUGCUUUAACUAGAAAGCGUCAUGAACCAAGAGAAACUGGCCAAACUUCAGGCCCAGGUCCGAAUAGGAGGGAAGGGAACAGCACGUCGGAAGAAGAAGGUUGUACACAGGACAGCAACAGCUGAUGACAAAAAACUUCAGAGUUCUUUAAAGAAACUGGCAGUGAAUAACAUUGCAGGUAUUGAGGAGGUUAACAUGAUUAAAGAUGAUGGGACAGUGAUUCACUUUAACAAUCCCAAAGUGCAAGCCUCCCUGUCUGCCAACACCUUCGCCAUUACGGGCCAUGCAGAAACCAAGCAGCUGACAGAGAUGCUCCCGGGCAUUCUAAGCCAGCUGGGUGCGGAUAGCCUCGCCAGCUUGCGCAAACUUGCAGAGCAGUUCCCCCGGCAAGUGCUUGACAGUAAGGCACCAAAAGCAGAAGAUAUCGAUGAGGAAGACGAUGAUGUCCCAGAUCUUGUAGAGAACUUUGAUGAGGCUUCGAAGAAUGAGGCAAACUGAAAGUUCCUUGGAGAUGAGGACUGCAAUGAAGAAUGGAGCUGUUUUCAGUGUUUUAGCUGUAGAAAACUAGUCAUAUCAUUUUGACACCAUCCAACCACUGAGCCAACCAGAGACUUUUGUAUUAUAACAGGCUGUCUCCUUUGGGAUCUUCCAAUCAACGGACACAAAAUGGUAAAGUCAUUGUC